ACUAUGAUUUCGAAGAUAUUUUUCACUAAUGAAGCUUUGGCAAACGCAAUCACUGCUGAAAUUGGUAUGAGCAAUUUUUUUUCCAUUGCUCAUCAGUUAAAUGAUUUACUUAAGUAUUCUUACAAAAGUGAGCACGGUUUUUGGUCAAAUAUAGUAAAAAGAAUAUUUCCGUCAAUACGAUUACAGUCAACAAUGCUUAAACGUCGAAGACAAUGUUAUUACAGGUUGAGAAAAUAUUUCAAACCAAUUCAAUCUAUCAUUUCUUCACAAAUUUCUCCACGUUUGAACGGUUCAUGUGUUGUACUCGAGAAUUCAAAUGAAAAUGACAAAAACUCUCUCGAUAAUCAAUUACUCUGUACUGAACCAUUAACCGGUCCAAAUCCAAACGAAUUGUACUCUCCUUGUCUCACAAUCAAUCAUAAUAAUAAUGAAGAUAUUCCUGUAUUUAAUUCUAACGAAUCGUUCAGCAUUUCUAAAGAUAACAGUUCUGUUAGUGAUUGUAGAAACUGUUCCUUUAGCAAAACAAAUGACGAAGAAUUAUCUGUUUUUUCAAAAAAUUCGAUGACUGUUGACCAUAUGCCUGUAAUAAAUAAUGAUGCGUUAUCUAGUUUCACUGGAAGUAAUAACUCUAUUUAUCAAUGUGACAAUUAUCAUUUAUUAUUAAAUAAAAAUCGCAUAGAAUUAUCUUCCCCUGUUGUUCAAAAAAAAUUAAAUACAACUAAUGACAAUUUCGAGGAAUUAAAUAUUUCUGCAUACAAUAAAAUCGAAACGUCAAUAAAUAAUAUAGAGCCGCCAGAAUUUUGCGUGAAUAGAUGUAGUUCAACAGAAAACGAAGUUAACACGGAUCAUAAUGGAAUUGCUAGUACACCUUUAAUACUUUCUGCAAUUUUUUGGAAAAAAUAUUGGACAGGAGGUAUAUCUUUAAAAAAAGGAUGGACUGAUGAAUUUAAUGACGAAUUUAAUAAAAUUUAUCAAGCAUGUGUAUUAAGUUUUAAAUGGCAUAAAUGUAAAGAAAUAUCCAAAAAGAGUAACGUUUUUUUCCAAGCUGUUGCAAAUUGUAAACACACGACUUGUGUUGAUAACUUUACAUUUAUAAGCAAUCAACCAAUCAAGCCAUUUCGAGACCUACAAAUACAAGUUUUCCGUGAUAAGCCCAUCUACCACGACAACGAAGUUCAUCGAAGAUUUAUAAAAGGCUGUCGACGUGAAAUAAUAAAGAAGGAGUUGAAAACUUUAUGGCCAAUUGAAAAGAAAUUUUCAAUGUUAAAUGAGGUUACAGAUGACAUAUUAGGUUCUGGUAAUAUGAAUAAUGCAUUAACAUUGUCACUUCUUCAAAAAAUGUCUUCGGAAGAACGUUGGAGUUCUAAGCUUUCUAAAAAAUUUACAGACGCGUUAGUACAAUUAGAAGAAAAAUUUGAACAAGAAUGGAAAGGAAAAUUUCUUAAUAAUUUUAUUCAGAAUGUUUCAUUAAAACCAUUCUUCGUAAUUUUAUUCACGGAAAAACAAUUAAGAAUUUUGUUAAACGAGAAAGACCGUACAUUUUGUUAUCUAGAUGCAACCGGAUCUUUAAUCAAAAAACCGAAAGACGACUGUAAGCGCAUAUUUUAUUAUUCGUUGAUAUUGCGAGGUGACGAAAAAAACGAACGUAGUCCGUUUCCAGUAGCUGAAUUUAUAAGCGCAGCUCAUUCUGUACCGUACAUAACCUUUUUUUUAAGCACAGUAUGCUUAGUACUGAAGAAACUAUCUUCACGAUCGCCAAUUAUUAACAAAAUUGAGACUGAUUUUAGUAUGGCUUUAUUACAAGCUACGUCACAGGCCGUUAAUAAGUUAGCCUUGAUAGAAUACGUGAAUACUAUAUUUAAUAAAUUUACCAGAAUUCAGAGCAUGACCAUACUUCAUAUAUGCUCGUCACAUAUGAUUAAAACAUUUUCACGAAAGAUUAAAACGUUUGGGAUCAAACGAAAAUCAAAAGUAUAUGAAGUUUCAAUGAGACUGGCUGCCAAUCUUAUCCAUUGUCAGUCAAAAGAACAAGCAGGAGAAAUAUUUAAAACUGUUAUAAUGUUAUUUUCAACAUUUUUAUGUAAAGAAAAACUUGCAGACUUUUUGGAUAAAAUAAUGAGUGAUGAAAGUUUUGAUCACUCCCUUUUAGAGGAUAAACACACAAAUCAGAAUAUCGAUGACGCCAGUGUAAUUAAUGUUAAUGAUUAUGACUCUGACGAGGAAAACAAAGAUUUCGAAAACAAUUUCCAAAAAGAUUCAUUAUAUUAUAAAUAUUUUGAGCAAAUAUAUAACUCUAUUUGUGAUACUGCAGAUAAAAAAGAGGAAAUAAAUGAAUAUUAUUAUCCUGAGAUCGUCAAAUAUAUAUUAAAUAAAUGGUUACCAUUAUUUCCAUUAUGGUCUGCAGUUUUAAUACAGCAAUGCGAUAUCCUACGCGAUAGUAAUGCGGCAGUGGAGAACUGGCAUAAAAUAAUGAAAUCGUAUAUUUACGGUCGAGAACAAAACAUGGCGAUUCAACGAUUUAUACAUCGUCAAGCCGAAUUACUUACUGCAAGAAUUCGUGAUCGAAAAUUUUCAUUAAAGACAGAAAGACAAAAAAAUAAUGUUAAAAAACAAAUUGAUGAAAGAUCUGAAGAAAAAUGGAAGGGUAAAGAAACAUCAAAAAGAGGAAAGAAUUUCCACUUUUAUCAGUCUCGACUGCCAAAUAAAAAAAUUAAACGCGAUCUGAGUAAAUACUCGCAGAAUACCGAAAAAGUCCCUUCUCCUGAAAGUGAUUCGGAUUCAUCAAAUUCGAAUAAUGAAAGAUCUACCUACUAUGAUAAAACACCAACUUCAUCGAACAAAGACAUGAACGAUGCAAUUGAUAACAAGCCAGAUUUACAGAAACAAAAUAUGAAUGAAGAUGUCGUUAAACUAUCGAGUUCAUUAGACCAAAAAAUGAGUGUUAAUUUUGAUAAUCAACCAAUUUGUCAAAAUGAAGAAAUUAAUAAUAAUAGUAAAAAACUGUUGAUUCCACAAAAUCAUGAAAUUAAUGUGAAAUUUAAUCAAUCGUUUGAUUCGAAGCUACCACAAAAUAAUGAAGACGUGGAUGAACUUAAAAAUUAUUUCUUCUCACCAAGUAAUAACUAUCCAGAAAAUUUUCCUAACAUCAGAAAUAAUGUUAACAAAUAUGUGAUCGAACCAAACGAUUUCUUCACUCUUCAUAAACAUAAAUGGUUAAGUGAUAAUAUUAUUAACGGUUUUGCAUCGAUUUAUGCCAAUAAAGCUGUAAAAGAAAACAAAAAUAUAAUGUUUGUGGACACACUAUCAACAUCGGGAAUAUUACAUAGGAACGUAAGUCGAGGUUUCAAUAAGUGGCUGGUAGAUAACGAAUUUGCCAAAUACAAUAUCUGGUUACUACCAUUUAAUUUGAAUGCAAUGCAUUGGGUACUAGUUGUUGUCGAUUUUGAAAGACAAAACAUUGUACUCAUUGACUCGGCACACAAUUGUUUGCAGCAUGAUGAGAUAACUGCAAUUCUUGAAUGGUUGACCAGCACACACAAAUAUCAAAAUACCAAUAAAGACUGGAAGUUUUAUGCUCCUAAAGAUAUUCCAAAUCAAAGAGAUGGAUAUAGUUGUGGAGUUCAUGUAUGUCUAUGGAUAUAUGUAAUAUGUACAGGAAUUCCCUUAUCAUUUGACGAAAUAGACGCAAGAAAAGCUCGUGCGAGAAUCGCAACACAUCUAGCAGAAACAACACAAGUAGAACCACGAAUAAAUCACGAAAGAAUCACAGAAGAGAUGUUGAAGAAUAUGAUAUACUCAACAGGAAAGGCGAUUGCAAUAAACAUUCCAAAAGAGGAAGAGGAUAGCUAUGAGGGGAAAUGGAGGAGGCUAUCAAAUAAAAAAAGUAUAAAUAAAAAAUUUAUGAAGCUGAAAAAAGACAAUAAAAAUUUAAAAACGAUGGAAGACGAUGAUGUUGGAAUAAGAGCUAAAGUAAGCAUUAGAAUUUUGAUAACGAUUGCCACGUUCAUAAAGAAAGAAAAAAACAAAAAUAUUCAAUAA